AUGUCUGUUGCCUGGGAACGUUUGAUCCGAUUCAUCGCCACAGAUGGGCGCACAUUGCUUGGUGAACCGGUAAUGCCAUCGGCGGACUUUGACCUUGGAGAUACUACAGAAGAAACCAAGCUGCAAGCCAAAGUGAUUACGGGCUCAGAUAUCUAUAACACUACUGGCGAAACCCGUGUCACUGAUGAAAUUGUGACUGUGUCGAGGCUCCUCGGCCCUUUGACUCCGCAAGAUAUCCCCAUCCUGCGUUGCGUUGGACUUAACUACCUCACACACAUCCGCGAGACUGGACGUUCGACUCCACCCACACCGUCUAUUUUCUUCAAGCCAAAUACGACGGUCACUGACCACAACGUGAAUGUGAAGAUCCCUAAGAUCGCUCAAGAUGAGCAGGCAGAUUAUGAAGGAGAGUUGUGCCUCGUGAUAGGUAAAGAUGCUAAGGAUAUCAGCAAGGAGGAUGCACUCAGUUACGUAGCUGCCUAUACCGUGGGAAAUGAUGUCUCGUCUCGUAGACUACAGAUCGACCGCACUAUUGCUGGCCCAGUUCCGCAGUGGGGAUUCUCCAAGGGGUUCGAUACAUUCGCACCUUUGGGCCCCUGCCUUGUACGAAGGGAUCUUAUCAAGGAUCCAAGUGAGCUGCGCCUACAGACUAAGAUUGACGGAGAGCUUCGCCAAGAUACUCUCGUUUCCGACUUGGUAUUCGAUUGUGCCGCUCUUGUCUCCUAUCUAUCGACGGGAACCACCUUGCAGAAAGGCAGUAUUAUCAUGACAGGAACUCCGGGAGGAGUCGGAAAUGGCCUCAAACCUCCUCAGUUUAUUAGACCUGGAACCCAGAUGAACAUCAGCGUGUCGCAGAUUGGUACUUUGAGGAACGGCGUUGACUUUGUUUGA